GCAUCCGGUUUAGAGCGGAAGUAAGGUCCUAACAGCGCGGAUUAGUAAGCAACUGCAAAUACGCUAUCUCAGUUGUUUAAUUGAGAUUUUAUUGAAAAGUCUCAAAUAUGUCCGGAAGAGAAGGUGGUAAGAAGAAGCCUUUAAAAGCUGCCAAGAAAGCGACUAAGGAGAUGGAUGAUGAUGAAAUGGCCUUCAAACAAAAGCAGAAAGAAGACCAGAAAGCCUUGGAGGCGUUGAAGACGAAAGCAGCAGGAAAAGGACCUUUGACUGGUGGCGGAAUCAAGAAGUCUGGAAAGAAGUGAUUUGGCGUUAGAAGAUCAUGCACUCAUUUGCUGAAUCACAGCCCCCCACCCCCAUAUUUUUCUGUCUUGUUUGGGUCCAUUGAAGAAUGGGUAAAAUACAUGAAAUGACCCUUUAAAAAAAAAAAAUUCCAGUGUGUUCUUGUAAAGGAAGAAGUUCUGUACUAUUAAAGUCUUGUAACUACUGUUGUAUUUACACUCCUCUGUAAUCUUUGAGAUUCAGUCAGGAAACACGUCAUCAUUAGAUCAAUAGCUACACUACACAUACCAACAUGAUGUUGUGACAGCCCCGUUACAAUGUGUAGCACAAAUAUAGUGUAUUAUGGUCAAAUGUAAUCAGUUUCACUUCUUCCAAGCUUGGCCACCUGCAUCUUUAGCAUCUGUAUCUGUAAAUUCAGCUUCUCUUGUUGAGGUUCUCUCUUCCGUUCCCUAAAUUCUCUUCAUACAGUCCAUGAACUGUUUCCCAGUUCGAGAAAAUUAGUUUUCUUAUCUACAAUUAAUUUUAUUGUUCAGAUUUUGACACCGGAUUUUUGAAUGUGUGGAGUGAUGUGUGUUUAAAAGAUGUUGCUUGUUUAACCCAUUUAGAUGAUUUUCCUUAAGAGGAAAGUUUGGGAGAUUCAGAAUAAAGCGCAAUGAUGCUGCUUA